UUAAUGGCCUACAGGAAAUUUGGCGUUACAAUACGAGACAUUAGUAAGAGGGGAAAGGAAAAGCGAAAAAAAUAGCCGCAUGAAAACUGUUUAUUGAGAUCUGCAUAUUUAACAUCAGCAUUUCUUCAAUUACUUUAUCAACAAGUUACCCUGUCCUUCCAUAAGCGCUUCUAUAAGUACAAGACAUGCAAGAAACGUGCCCGCGUUACUUAUUUGGGAACCGAAAAUUUAUGCCUAGUUGAAAAUGCCUGGGGAAAUAUUACAUCAGACGAAAUGACAAUGAUUAAAAUCUGCUUUUUUCCAUCAGUAAGUCUAUUGAGCGACGUGACAGUUGCCUGAUACCCAACAAUAUCAAACCGUUAUCCCCACAGCAAAUGAGAACUUGAAAACCGUUAUAAGGAUUUUUUCCAUGAGAAAAAGGGGGUUCAAAAAUUACCCCACUUGUUUUGAGCAUCAGCAGCUCUGCGUGGGGGAAAGGGAGAAUAUAUCAAAUUUUCAUCGCGAAAUUAGCUAGGGCGCGAGUAGGGUUGAGCUAAUUGUAGCCUAAUCCUUGCCCUACAGGCGUUUGGAAAGCCUUGAGCAAGAAUUCUUUUUUUCGCUUCCCUCUGUUAUUUAGAGACGGAUUAUUGGCUUUCUUCUUCUUCUCAUAACAGCCUCGGCAGUUUCAUUUUAGAAAAAAGGGGAAAAAACAGAAGAACGAUUUUCCUUACAGCGAUCGCCGAGCAUCUGAUAUUAAAAGUGUUUAGAAAUAAGAGUACGGGGGAUUUAUCAAAAGGCAAGAAGAGAAUUCUUCUAUGUUCAAGGAAGGAAGAAGCAUGUCGCGCUUGUCUUUGACCCGCUCCCCAGUUUCUCCACUGGCCGCGCAGGGAAUUCCUCUCCCGGCUCAGCUGACCAAAGCCAACGCGCCAGUCCACAUCGAUGUCGGAGGGCACAUGUACACUAGCAGCUUGGCGACCCUCACCAAGUACCCGGACUCAAGAAUAAGCCGUUUGUUUAAUGGAACAGAGCCUAUUGUUCUGGACAGCUUAAAACAACACUACUUUAUUGAUCGAGAUGGAGAAAUUUUUCGAUACAUUCUGAGCUUCUUACGGACUUCUAAACUGCUUCUCCCAGAAGAUUUCAAGGAUUUCAGUCUGCUGUAUGAGGAAGCACGGUACUAUCAACUGACUCCCAUGAUCAAGGAACUGGAGAGGUGGAAACAGGAGAGGGAACAGCGCAAGCAUUCACAACCAUGUGAUUGUCUGGUGGUGCGAGUAACUCCUGACCUUGGCGAGCGAAUUGCCCUCAGUGGGGAAAAGGUGCUAAUUGAGGAAAUCUUCCCUGAGACAGGAGACGUCAUGUGCAAUUCAGUUAAUGCAGGCUGGAACCAGGAUCCAACUCAUGUGAUCAGAUUCCCUUUGAAUGGAUACUGCAGAUUAAACUCUGUGCAGGUGCUGGAGAGGCUAUUUCAGAAGGGGUUCAAUGUGGUGGCAUCUUGUGGAGGGGGAGUGGAUUCAUCCCAGUUUAGCGAGUAUGUUCUUUGUCGUGAAGACCGACGAUGUCAGCCAACAACAACCACCAUUAGGAUAAAGCAGGAGCCCCUGGACUAAAUCCACCAGAGAAAAAGACUUCAAACAGCAACUUAAGGCAACAAAGUUGAUGAACCUGAACUUAUUUUUGUUGCCAGCUACUGAAGCUGCUCUUAUAAAUGGGUGUCUUUAACUCCGAACAAUUAUUUUGAACUGAGGGCACUCAGUUUUACAUUACAAGAAUGUAAUCUCAUGACCUGCAGUGUUAGAAGGAGCCAGAUGGCACAACAUUCUGGAUGAGUGUUAUUUAAGUGUAAUGGUGGUCAACAAAGGAGUCGCUAUUUCAAACACACAAUAUGAUGGCCCUCUUCUGCUGUGCAGUCCCUCUGUUAGCAACACAACAAUGAACAGUUGGGCUGGCUUCCAAAAGAGUGGAUCUCACUUUGGCUGACACUUUGUAUUUGUCCAUUUGCAGAACCUUGGAUUACAGCUGUAGUGAAGCCCAACAAAAUCGUCAAUGGCAGGAGGAUGCUAUCUUUUAUCCAAAAGACACAGUACUGUUCUUUUGCUCAGAGACACAUACUGCACUGUUUGGCUGUGCUAUGGGGCCCAAGAAUAUGUACCUAAUAAUAACAUUUAAAAACAACUUGAAAUGACAACCAGUACAGAGGAAAGACCCCAAUCUCUUAUUAUACUUGGAACAGCUCUGUCUUAUCCCACCAACGUAUGACUGAAGCAAUUUAUAUUUAAACAUAUUAUACAUAAUUCUAGGAUUAAUUCAUUUUGCAGAUAUUAUAUACAUAUAUAUAUAUAUACGGUAUACAGUGAGAGAUAGAAACAAUAUGAAUAUACAAUGUAGUUUGUCCUUCCUGUUCACCCUUAUUUGUUUGGCUCUUUUUAAGUUUCCAAUACAUGAAGGAUUUUCCAAGGUUGCUCUUAGAUAUAAAGCCAGCACAACAUGUGUGUGUGAAUAUAUAUAUAUAUAUAUAGACACACACACACAUACUCACUGUGCAUAAAUACAUACAUACAUACAUACAUACAUACAUACAUGUUCAUACUUAUUGCCAGGAAUCUGAUUAUUUUGAUUGUCUUUACUGCCCGAAAAUGGAAAUUUGUUUUGUAAGGGGACCUGAAAAAUAAUUUAGGAAAAUAUUGAAGGACACCUUUAUUGGGGAGUUACUGUUGAUGUGGGGAGAUCUCUGUGAAAUGAGAGAGUUGUGUAUGUAUUAUUAGACAACACUUCUUCUUUCGAUAAAGAAACAUUUAUCAUAAACAUGCCUCUUCCUGGACAAAAUGAAGAAAAAGAGACGUCUCACCCUCCCAUACAUGCAUGUCCAAAAAGAACAUGUGACUCACACACUUUAACAAAGCCUAUUUUUGCUUGAGAAUGAUGACGGGAGAUCUCUGCUACCACAUCAGGCAAUUAGAAGAAAAGUUUUGCGCGACCUAAUAGUGCAAAGGACUUAAAAAUAGCAGCAUUUAGAACAUACCCUCUGGCAAGAGUGAUGCUCACUACAUUUACGUCAACAACAUAGCCAUAUCUAACUUACAAGUUCGCUUCUCCCACAAAUAAGACACUGAAGUCCCUUCCACAUUAUCACUUCACCCCGCUUGUAAAUCAUAUUUUUUUUUAUACCAGGCAGGUGUUUUGUUUCUUGCUACAUUUUCUAAAAGUAGGUUGGUUUAGGUUGGAAGUAAUGAGUAAAUAAACUGUACAGGCACAAAACGAUAAAUAAAUCUGGAGAGCACGUGCAGAAUACACCUUACAAUUAAAUCAGCAUCAGAGAUUACCACCGAACACUCACCGAUUUGUCUCAGCACAUUUUGGAAAGAUUUCAGCUCCAUUUGCUGCCAGUAAUUGUUGUUCUCAAUUUUGUAUACAAAAGUUAACCAUUCAUAUUGUGUCACAUAAUCGUCUGCAUGUUCCCAUCAUGCUUUUCACAAUUGCCUACCCAAUAAAUCAUUUAUUAACUGGGAAUCAUGUUUGAGGUUUACAGUAUUCACUAAAAUUCAGUUAACAAAAUACUUUUUAAUAACACUUCUCUGAUGCAACAAUUAGAGUAGUGAUGUUCAGUUCUGCUCUUUGAAGGCCACAGUGGCAGAUGGCUGCUGUUCAUCAGAACUUGUUAUUGGAAAUUAAUUCUGUCUUGUGAUUCAAAUCUCUUUCCUCCAAUUCCAAAAUGAAUAAAGUACAGUAAGAAUAAAGUCUGGAGGAUUCCAACUCCACUACACUCCUUAUGUCAUAACAUUUCAACUGCUUGCAUUAAUUUUGGCACACACAUCAGUCAGCUUUCCAAUAUCUGCAUAUUCUUUUUUGACCUGUUUCAGAAGGAAGUGCUCAGCUAUCACAUUUCUCCUAUGGAAGGCAGUUUUUCUCAGGUCCUUUAUAGAAAAUGGCCUCCUCUUUUAUUGUACUGAAAAAAAUUAUUAAAAGGUUGCUUGUCCAUGAAAACUGGGGGCGCAGUACAUAGCAUCAUAUUAGCUGCUGCUGCACAUGGAGGUGUCCUGUCACACGCAUUUGUCUUUGCAUAGUGGAGUUUGACUGUUUUGUAAGAAGAAUCUGUAUUUAAAUAGAAAUCGUGAACCUGCCCACAUAGAAAGGAUUCUGAUGAAACUGAACAAAUAUCCCACCAUUCCAUCUAUUUUUGCUUUUUCCGCUUUAGAAUCAUACCAACCUAGAGUCUGUUCCAUACAGGCAGUGGGCAGCCUGGGAAUGGAGUCCCAGAUCUCUGACACUGUGGGAAUGUACAACUAACCACUAAGCCAAGAAUGUUGACUGAUAAAAUGAAAUAUCAAAGCUGAACAAGACAGUACAGGCAUUCUCAAACCCUCCUUCGGUUAAUGCAUUAAAAAAUGCAGAAUUGGCACCUGAUUAAAAGUCAUCUUGAAUUAAACCAGGAGCCAUUGCUGACUGAAAGCAUUGUCCUUCCCUUGCCCUGAUCCCAGACUGUAUGGUGUAACCUAAACUGAAAGAAAGUUUUAUGCAAUUAGGCAGCACAUUGCAAACAGAAUCCAUUCUUCACACUAAUCUUGAAUUAUGGAGCCGUGCAACGACAACCUUAGGGAGCAGGGAAACCGUAAGGGCCUGAUGGACUGAAUGGCAUUCUGCCAUUUGUAAACUUCCAUAUGUUAUUAAAACAUGAGCGUUUAUUUCAUUACAGGCAUGCAUUAUUUGUUAAAUUGUAUAUCUUUUAAGAAAAUCAAUUGCUCUUCUGACUUGGCUAACAGCAUCUGCACUAGCUGAUUGUCAAAUGAUCCUGAGAACAAAGGAGCCAUGCCAGACUUGCAAAACUUCAGACAUUUAGAAAAGCAUUUUUGUUAUUGUAGUUUCAUGACUGAAUAAGGGAGACUGUCUAGCAGGGGAUUCAGGAAGGGGGCAUGUGUGUUUGUGUUUAUUUUUAAAAUGAGCUGAAUAAGCUGCAGUGCUUCUUAUUGUAAAGGGGGCAUUGCUGAGUGUUUUUAUUUAAGCAGGAUGGCAAAGUGAAUGAUAGGUGGAGUUCUUACUGAAAAGGAAAUGUGUCUGCAGAAGGAUGCCUGGGGGCAAACUGAUAGGUGUGGGCCACCCUAGAGACAAGAAAGCUCAGGGAGUGCCAGGCCUUGAGAAGUGUUUUGAAGUCACAUUCACAAAGGAAGAGAAAAAGCAGACUAAACAAUAAAACCGACAGUGAGAUGAAGGAUCCUUUGUUCUUAUUGGUCCUGCAAAUACUUCUUCUAAAUUAAAUAUUGUGUGACAGUAGCAUUGAGAGAGCCAUUCUAGAAUAUGAAUAUUUAGUUUUUACUUUUAAAUGAUCAAUUUUAGCCUUUAAGGCAAUAGUCUGUAUUGUUCUGAGCUGAAAACUGCAAUCCUUCAGGAAUGUGAGGACUUACCCUGCCAGUUAAAAGUUUUAGAACACCUCAGUUUUUAUGGAAAUUCACAGAGUUUAAUAACCUUAAUCAAAGCAUAGAACAAGUAAACAAUGGCAAAUAAAAAAAUAAGCCAGUGAAUCACUAAGUGUACAAAAUUUGAUUCACAUUUUUGAUUCAUCAAAGUUGCCAUCUUUUGCUGAUAUAAAAGCAAACCAUGGUAACCCUUUUCGUUCAAAAUGCCAGUCCCUCUGUUCAAGUCAGCAACUCUGCCUCCAGCAAAAGAACUCCAGACCAUCACACUUCCUUCUCCAUGUUCGACAGUUGGUGUCACACUCUGAGGAACCAACCUUUCACCAACUCAAUGGCAUACAAACACUCUGUGUAAUGAACCAAAGAUUUCAUAAUUUGAUUCAUCGGUCCAUAAGACUUUCUUCCAGUCUGCAAUAUUCCUUGAUAUUGUCCUUUAAGAAAUGGCUUUUUUUACUGCCACUCGCCCUGUCAAACCCGCAACACAAAGUCUCUUCAUAGUAGAAACUGAGCCUUGCUCUUUUCGGCCACUGUUAAGUUGUGCUUGAAGCUGGUGUGCUGUGAGGUGCAUUUCAGGCAAGCUGGUGGCCCUCAGAAACUUGUCUUGUGAUUGGGUUGGGACUUUGGGUCUCACAGAGAUUCUUCCUAUUAGAGAUUCUUCCAGGUUCUAAUUGCCAUUGGCUUGUGUAGGUACUCACUAACACUUAGAUUUUUUUGCAGUUUCUCUAAAUGAUAGGCCUACACUACUAAGGGUAAUAAUGCUCUGUCUCAUUUUAUUUGUUA